AUGAUUGGACCUCCUCUUUUCUUUCCAAUAAUAAAAGGAGAUCAACCCCCCUUCAAUUUACUCCUCUUCCUUCUCUCUUCCCUAAUUUUCUCUCCUUAAAUCCUCAUUUCCUCUCUCUAAAAAUCUCUCUAAAACUUAUUCAAUCUCAUCAAAGCCAAUAAAAAAACUACUAAUUGUUUGAAGGGUUACUCUUCUUCUACCUACAAUCAUCAAUUGAAGAAUUAAAAAUAUGUCAGCAAUUAUGAGUGAAUCAAUGAUAGUAUCAACAACCCAACAAGAUUCAUCAUCAUUAGGAGCAUCAAUUCAAUCACAAAAUGAAGUUCAAUUCAUAAAAUGUGAAUGUUGUGGUUUAAUAGAGGAAUGUACCCUUGCUUAUAUUGAGAGGAUCCGACAAGGUUAUAUGGGUAAAUGGGUAUGUGGGCUUUGCUCCGAAGCUGUUAAAAACGAGGUUAUUCGAUCCGAAAAGCUUAUUAGUACCGAAGAAGCUUUAAAUCGCCUUCUAAAUGUGUGUAGAAGCUUCCGAUCAUCUUCCCCGCCGGCGGGUGGUGAUCCGACGGUCCAUCUUAUCUCGGCGAUGCGUCAUAUACUCCGUAGGAGCUUUGAUAGUCCACGGGGCGGGCUUCGGUCUACACCUGGAAGCCCGAGCCGGGAAUCAUUGGAUCAGAGACGGGCUGUUCUUGCUAGAUCCGAAAGUUGCUUUGCGGAUCUUUGAGAAAAAUGGGGAUUGAUUAGAAUGAGGAAAUAUUAUAACAUGAAUGAUGGAUUGUAUGAUAUAAGAAAAUGUUGGUGAUUUUCUUAAAAAAUUGUACACAAUUUUGAGGCACUAAUGGGUGAAAAUUUGGACUAGCAAAGAGUUUAUAAAAGAAAAUGGAAAAAAGAUUAAAUAAAUGAAAUUAUAAUAAAAGAGGAAAUUUGGUGGUGGAAGAAUUGGCAAAGAUGAUGAUGAGGGAGUUAGGAUUGAUGAUUUGUUUAGGAAGAAAUGUCAUAGUUUCCUAUUCUAGCAAUUACAAUCCCUCUUCCCAAAUUCUAAAUUUUGUUUUAUGCAAAAUUUUGUGUACAUAGUUGAAGUAUAAAUAUGUAUGACUCAAUAAAUUUAUUUUUGG